UGUCAAUUAAGAUGUUUCAGUCAAAAGUGAUUCUUUUACACUGGUUUGAUUUUUGUCAACAUUUGUUAAAAAAAUGGCUAGACCGAUAUAAUAUCCUUUACAUCCUUGUUUAUCUUCUCUCCUAUAUUCUGAAUCAUCACGAUGCAGCUAAUCCGUGAAAUUCACCGCACUAUGAAGAAUAAAAUAACGAUAGUACUCAACGAGCUUAAAUUGGGGCGAUGAGAUCUUGCAAAGUGUUAACAUAAGAGUAGCGAUUCUUUGACCUUUGGAUAAUAACAGACAACCACAUUACUAGACCUCGAUGUCCAUGUCGAAAUACACUUUUGAUAGUGUUAUGGAUGAUGUCCAACUUCUUAUUUCUCGAAUGCGUGCACGUGAAGAAGUUGCAGAUGCAUUAAGGCAACAAGCAUCUAAAUUACAAUCACAGCUAUUGAGUAUGCGACAGUGCCGAGAAGAAACUCUUGGAUUUGAAGAAUUCUCUAAAUGUGCCUUGACUCAUCCAAAAGGUCAAUUGCUUGUAUGUCUUGCAGCUGAGAAUAAACAAUUAGAACAAUUGAGAAUUGAAAAUAAAACACUUAGAAAUUCACUUGAUGAACAUAACACUGCUUUAGAUAUGAUUAUGAGUAAAUAUCGUGGACAGAUUUCGAAACUCAUGAGAACUAGUGAAGUUGAACAGAUUUUCCAGUCAAUUAUGAACCCUGAUAGUAGUCAAGCUUCGCAUAAGAAAAUAUCCAAAUAUGAUCCAUCAUGUCCACAUUCAAGUGUCCUUGCAAAGCAGCCGACUGAUUCUGUUGUAUCUCAACCUGUCUUGCGGAAACCGAAAUCAAACACCGAUUCUGUUGAUGGAUCACGUAAAGUUGAAGAAUCUGGUAAUGGUUUGGUUCAAUCGCUAACUCAGCAGCUUAAUACAGUUGUAUCUGUAGUCCGUGAAGUCACUGAUCAAGGGGAUGUAUAUGCUGCAGAAUUGGAGGAAGAGUUGCAUAGACUGAGAUCAGAGAAUGCUGGUCUUCGAGAGCUUUUAAUGAUAUCAUCUGAUUGCUGUCCUGAUACCAAUCUUGGUAACUCAACUCUUCUACCUCCUGUGUCUCUGCCGAAAAAAGUUUCUAUACAGGAUGAAUCAUCACUACCUGAACCACCAGGGCGUUUCAUUUUCCUUAGGGAGGAUCCAAGUUCAAUUCGUUCAUCACGUAUGGAUGAGUCUUUGAACAGUUUAGAAGUUAACGGGAACUCGUUAUUUUAUGAUGCUCCUAGUGACAACGGCGGUGAUGCAGGAGUUUGUAAUAUUGACAGUGAUAAUCAUUCAAAUGUGGAUAGUGGAGAUGAAGAUGUCACAGUGUACGGUAGUAGUGAUGAGUCACAAGCAUCGUAAACAAUGUGUGUUGGAAUUGAAUCAAAUCCUGAUUGUUCAUGGUUUGAAUAUCCUUAUAUGCACACAAUAGUCUUUUGUCUACUUUUCAGAAGAGCAAAUAAUAAUGACUCUCAUUGCUUUUAUCCUACUUGUUAUGUGUGUGUGUAUGCGCUUAAAUGUGGACUAAUAGUUUUCAGCAGACAAUUAUUGUAUCAAAGACUAGUGAAGUGACCAUGUGUAUGUAUGGUCCACGGUAUGGGAUACUUUUUCCCUUCAAUGAUUUAGCAUAUAUUCCCCUCUUUUAGUUCUUCAAAUUCUAUGAAAUACCGGUUAUUUUUAUUUUUUACAGGUGUAUAACUAGCAAAUAAUUUCAUGUACUGACUGUGACAAACUGCUAAAGAUUUUAAAAAAAAGGGUGUUAACUUGUUUCAAUCUGAAAUACAGUUAUCGUAUAUGUAUUUCAUUAUUAGUUAAUUUAUACUUUGCAUAUAUUUAUCUAAGGUUGAGUAUACUUAACUUAUCGCCUUCAAUGAAUUUUAUUCAAUAACUAAUAAUGUGCUUUAUUUGUAAGUUUAUGCUAGAGAUUUCCGGUUAUGUAUAUUUUCCUUUUUUGUAAUAAAACGGGAAUUAGAUUUACAUUUAGUGAACUUGAAUUAUUUUUCGUUGUCAUUUUAAAUAAACCAUGGCAUGUACAGAACUCUGUAACCGAAGUGAUUGAUAGAAUCCAUUCGAUUUGUCCUACAUAUUACAAUGCUUUUUUUUAUACGGUUAGAUAUAUCAACAUUGUUAUUCAUUUUCAAAUGCUUAAGAACUGAGUGAUUACUUCGCAUAAUUAAACUGUUGAACUGCAUAAUUAAAGUUAUUUUACGCACUUGGUAUACGUGUUUAAUAGUGAUCUACUGAUUUAUUGUGACGAUGAUGAUUAACAGAGGAGU